UAGGUGUGGAAUUUGGACCGUGUAAGCUUGUGUAGCCAUUCCAGCAUUUGAAUAGGGUUGGAGCUGGGUGAGAAUUAUUAUUAAUGUAAAAAGGAUUAAUGUCGCUUAUCUAAAGUAUGGCAAAAACGCACUGUCAAGUAAAAACAAUAAGGGUUUCAUUGUUGUAGCAAGAUUUGUUGUCACCAGCGAUUGACACGUGGCUGAGAUACAGCGGAGGGCACGGCGGCCUCAGCGUGACUACGAUGGAACUUCUCUCUCUCCUUGCUGGGGCUGCGGUGAAAGUGGCUUGCAUUCUGCUGGCCUCUUGGAUAUUCUGGCCGCAGCUGUGGCUGGGUGCUUGGCGCUCCCUGCGUGUCCUGCGCAAUGCGGUGUACAGGCACCGCUACUUGUCCCGCAAGCCCCUAUUCUCCGUUCUGGACCGGCUGCUCGAGCGAGCGUCCGCCACUCCGCACAAGGUCUUCCUCACCUUCGAGGACGACAGAUGGACGUACGAAGAGUUCGUGCGCGACGUGGCUCGCACCGCGCACGCCCUUCAGGAGUUUGGGGGCGUGCGCCCGGGCGACACCGUGGCUCUGCUAAUGGAGAACGAGCCGGCGUUCUUGUUCGUGCUGUUCGCGUGCACAUCCCUCGCGUGUCCCGCCACCCUCAUGAACACGAAUCUGCGCGGUCGCAUGCUCCUGCACUGCCUGACCACGAGCAAAGCACAAUUCCUGGUCACUGGUUCUGGGCCACUAUUGGUGGCUGUGGAGGAAAUUUCAGUGGAGAUGAAUGAGCUUCAAAUCCGUCCCCUGACCAUGGGCGAAGCAACCCCCGGGUCAGCUGUGCCAUCACUCGCCUCCACUUUCCGUGAGGCCCCCUGCAACCUCCCAGCAGCCAGCGUGCGUGCGCACAUCACCGCGAAGGACGCCUUCAUAUACAUCUACACGUCCGGCACCACUGGACUCCCAAAGGCUGUGAAGGUCAGCCACACGCGUGCAUGGUGCGGAAACUUCACCUACUCAAUGUCCGGCGUAAGAGCAGAGGACGUGGUGUACAUCUUCCUGCCACUCUACCACAGCUCGGCUAUCAUUGCUGCGUUCAUCGGUUCCCUCGACAUCGGUGCGCGCUUGGUUCUGCGGAAAAAAUUCUCCGCGAGCCACUUUUGGGGAGACUGCCGCCGGCACGGCGUCACCGUGUUCCAGUACGUCGGCGAGAUCUGCCGCUACCUCCUCAGCCAGCCCAAGAACGAGCUGGACCGCGUGCACUCAGUACGCAUGGCCGUGGGGAACGGAAUGCGAGCAGACGUGUGGGCGCGUUUUCUUGAGCGGCACGGGGACGUGAGAUUCUGCGAGCUUUACGGCGCCACCGAGGGCAACGUGGGCUUCGUCAACGUGGAUGGAAAGCUCGGGGCCUGCGGCCGGGACCUGCCCUUCCUGCGUCUCCUGAUAAAGUAUUCUCUGGUUAAGUAUGACCAUGAAAAGGAUGGACCCGUGCGUGAUGACAAGGGCUUCUGCAUUCCCUUACCCAGAGGACAGCCAGGUCUCCUGGUGGCCCCGAUCUCGAAGCACAUGCCAUUCGAUGGUUACUUGGGGAACGCCGAGUUCACGCAGAGGAAGGUUCUGCACAACGUGUUCAUGCAUGGGGACCGCUACUUCAACUCGGGAGACAUCAUGCGCAUCGACAAAGAGGGCUUCAUCUAUUUCAUCGACAGGGUUGGGGAUACUUUCAGGUGGAAAGGUGAGAACGUCUCGACAAUGGAGGUGGCAGACACUCUGGGUGACCUGGACUUCAUCAAGGAAGUCACAGUGUAUGGUGUCACCAUCCCAAAUAACGAGGGCCGGGCCGGCAUGGCGGCUGUGAUCCUGGAGGAAGGCCACUCGCUUGACGGCCCGGAGCUGUACCGCCACGUUGUAGCACACUUGCCAACAUACGCCCGCCCUUACUUCAUCCGCUUGCAGGAAGCAUUGGAGUUGACGAACACAUACAAGCAGAUCAAGACGCACCUCUUGCAGGAGGGCUUCAACCCGGCGCUCAUCCGUGCGCCCCUGUUUUACCUGGACAGUGCAGCGUGCAGCUACACACCACUAACGCGACAAAUCUACGAGGGCAUCGUCAGCGGAAAAGCGAAGCUCUGAGUGACGAGCGUGAGGGGUUUGAGCCAAGUAAUUCCUCAUAGAAGUGAUCAGAAUCAGAAUCUGUAUUCAUUCUGGAGGAAUCCGAUGUGCUAUGAAGCUCUUUUUUUCACAUGUCCAGUCGGGGCAGGUUAGUCAGAAAGUUAGGAGGAACCAUGGUGCUGAAGUAAUGCCUCAUUUUAAUAAUAAGAUGCUGAUAUCUAACACCAGUUGGGAUUUUUAUUAAUCCAGCUCAAUUCCUGAGCCACCGAGCCAACUCAGUAUUUUUAGUCUUUUGUGUCAUCCGAAAGCAGAGAUAUGAGCGAACACCUACACAUAAUAUGUAAUGACAAAUAUCUAUACUGCCAUUUGCUGGCCACCUUGAAGGUUGCAGUCUCCAUUGUGGUCAGCGUGCUAUGCUAUGAUCUCGGUGACCCGAGUUCAAUUACUGGUCACGGCCAACGUUCGUGGCGGGCGGUAUCCUCCACCAUUCUCUAACCUGCACUGCCCAUCAUGCUGAAUUAUGGUCAAAGAACCCCUGUGACCAAUAUGGAAUUGGGAGGUUUUCAUUCAGCAGUUGCUCGUUAAAUGGCUGUAACAACUGAGCAAUCUCGUAGUGCUGUUGGUGAUUAUGGUCAUGGCGCUUGGGGAUAUUCAAGAUAUUUUGUGCAAUGCCUCCCCAUAACUAGGUGGCGAGAGGAGUACCGCGGUGGAGAAAUGUUAUCUCCCUUGCUUGUUAUGCAAGCAGUCGUGGGUUCGAUCCCAACCCUGACGCCUGCUGUAUAUUUGGAGUUUGCGUGUCUCUCUCCCUGUGGUCGCGUGUAUUUUUCUCCGGGUCCUCUGGGUUUCCCCUCCACUUUAGAAACAUUUGUUUCUUUAUUUCGCUGCUAUAAAAUUUCACAUGAUAAGCACUUCGUUGCGCUAUCAUUUGUGACCAGGUCGCUUCUGAAAAAUAGCUAAUCGGGUUGACCUGGUAAAUAAAAGUUAAUAGCUUUAGAUAUUAUAACUGUUCAAUAACUAAAGACGUUUCCUCUGACCCAUAGAAUACAGACCAAUGGGCAUAAGGUUAUAAAGCAUGUCCAGGCAAUGAUAGUUAUAAAACAUUUGAUAACGAAAUCACUACCUUUUUUCCCCAAUGACAAAUUUGUAUUUCUAGUUUAAAAACUAUGUAUAAGAUAAAAUUACAUUAAAAUUGUUUAUGAAAGAACAUAUCCAUAUGCCCCCAUCAUUCAGUACCCACAACUUGUAUUACAUCACUUCCAAAUUAAAUGUUGAAAAUAUCAAUGGAGGCAGAUCUAGAAACUUCUAGGAGGUGGGGGGGGGUGAUCAUAAAAUCUCAAACUUUUUAAAUCCGGCCCUCAAGUAAAUACAUCAUUAUUUGGGGAAUAUCAGGGAGAUUCCACCAUCUGGCACGAGAGAGCUCUUAACUCCUGGCCAGUGCCAUGACCUCUAGACACCCUUGACUCUGGUGGUCAAGGGCAGUCGCUUCCUCUCUGCCCACAAUGCAGAUCUCCAUUCCGCUCGCGUCGUCCUUGGCUGCUGAGCCCUGCAGCAGGUCUGUAGCAGCCUGCAACACGAGCCGCCAGUCCCGUAGCACAUCCGCCUCUGUGGUGAACUGAGACGUGAUGACAAAGCGGAUGAUGAACUUGUCCCCGGCCAUGGCUGGCACCACAAACAGCUGGUGCGACUGAUUGAGUCGCCUGAUAAGUGUCUCUGUCAGUUCGUUUGGGCCCUGCAACGAGAUCAGCCUCAAUAUAAUAAGGUGCUUGAAUAAAGCAAUAUCUAUUUUAUUGCAGCCGUUAAACCUUUGUACCUCUCAACAGGUUAACAGCGAUUAAAAUAAGAAUAGUUUUUACCCUUUCUGGCAAUAAAACCUUUAAUUAUUUUUCAUACUUUGAUAUUGGCAAAAUGGUCCCAUAGACACGCUCACAUCUUUCCUAGCCCGCAGCCAUCGACAUCGGUUGGUUGUCAUCCACCGUGUUAGUCUACCACUCCACCAGUCGAAGAGUUCUGCGUAUGAGCUUAACGGCCUUGCAGGACACAACUGAAGGUAAGAGGGUAUAACUUGCAUUUUGACUGCUUGUGUUGUGGUUAUUGCAAACAUGAUACCUUAAAUAAAGGUGUCAGUUUUUGUGCCAGUUAAAAGGGUAAAACCUAUUCCUAUAGGGUAUAACUGGAUAAGAAGACUCAAAGAGUGACAAAGCCAUAGGCUAGGUAACUAAUUAUAUUCUAAUAGCUCUUCGCCCGUCCAAGGACGGGUGUAUUUCAGUAAAUCUGAAACUUGCAAGCGAAAAGCAAUUUGUAAGGUCGCGGUGACACAGACUUAUUUCAUUUAAAGGUUAUAAUCCCUU